AUGAGUCGAUUCUUCUCCAAUGUUUGUCAAACUAUAGACAAUGGUGACGAUCCGAAUGCAUUUGUGUUUAUAGACGAUAAUAGAAAAAUAUCAAUUCAUGUUGUAGGAUGGGCAGUAUCUGCCAUAUUCACAAUAGAGGCAUCAUUGAUUGCCUUUUAUCAAAUGAAACAGCAAUGGAAAUAUUAUAAUAAUGUAAUUAUUAUUUUGUUUUCUUUUCUUAAGAUGGUCACGAAUCAGCACGAUCAAAAUUCGGUUACUUUUUUUGGUGCCAAUGUAUACAAUCAUGACCUGGCUUUCAUACUUCCUCUUGCGACAUUCUAUAUACUUCUUGACAUAAAAGAUGAUGCAAAGCGAAUGACCGAAUUAAGAAAUUUAUCAAAUCAUAUGAGUCAAACCCAUUCCACCAAUGAAAUAAAAGUAUUUGGAAUUAUAAAAUGUUCUUAUUUAAAACAGAAUUAUCUCAAGAAGUUGAGAUUUGGAAUUUUACAAUAUGUUCUUGUAUUGUAUAUUACAACUGCAAUUGGAUUAGUAUUACAGUUUAAAGGAAAAUAUUGUGAAGAGAUUUUUUCUAUACAUUUUGGUCAACUCUAUUUGGUGGUUAUUCAAACUAUUUCUGGAUUAGUUGCUAACUUGUGUUUGGCACUUUUUGUAAUCACAUAUCAAGGCCACAUUAUUAAUAUACUAGUUUUAUUUGGUUUCAUUACUCCAACUAAAUACUGGCAACCACUCAACAUCUCAAAAGGAAUUCAAGCAAUUCUAGUAUCAAUAGAAUUGUUUAUAAUAGCAUUAAUUCAAAUAAAAGCAUUUCCAUAUCGUCAAUAUCGACCCGUAAAUAAAAAUCGAACAUCUAUUUUUGUUCAAUGCUUGAUUCGAUGA